AAAGCACGGACAUAAAAUUUAAACUUCACCUGUUAAACUUCCCGCCUUAAAAACCCGCCAAGUACUAGCAGACUGAGAUGGAAAUUGGGUCGUCUGCUGCAACAUUAGUUUCUGACUUGCCUGAAGAGCAUGACCUAAAGUUCAAACGGUCCAGGAAGGCAUUCCUUAUUGGUGCGGGAACUCUUGUAGGUGCAGUAGGUUUCGCUAUAGCUACUGGACUCCUCGCCGAUCAAGUGUUUCGUUUAAGAAGGAUAAUAGACAACUUUAACAGAGAGCUGUUUGACAUCAGAUUCGAUCAGCAAGAGAAGCGACUUAAUCACGAAGAUUCCGUUUGUUUGACGGAAGAAUGUAUAUUAUCAGCGGCUGCUUUGAUGGAAUCGAUGGACGAAUCGGCUGAUCCGUGCGAAAAUUUUUACCAAUUUGCUUGCGGCGGAUGGCAAAAGAAAAACUUUAUUCCUCGUGGUCAAGAAGAAAUAUCACAAUUCAGCAUAUUAGAUGGAAGAAUAAAUCGUUUUAUUAAAGAAUUCUUUAUGGAGUAUAACACCGAGUUGGAUUCAAAAGCAAUCAAUAACACGCGUGACAUGUACAACGCCUGCCUAGACUUGAAUACCAUAGAAGAAUUGGGUAUCACGCCCUUAGUUAAAAUCCUAGAUUCUUACGGCCAGUGGCCGAUGACAGUGUCUAACUGGACGGACGAUGAUUUCGACUGGCGAAAAGCAACUGCAUCCAUCCGGAAUACCUUUGGAGUCGGAUUUCUUUUUCAAGUGUCUAAUUUCGUCGACCUCAACAACACCGACAUCAGCGUUAUUUAUGUGGACCAGCCUUCCCUGGGAGUGCCUAGUUUUAUUCUCAGAGACAAAAACUUAACUAGUGCUCAUGUUAUGGAUUAUUUCACAUUUGUCUCCGCCGUAGCGCUCAGUGUAAGGGAUACCAUUGAUGGAGGGGCCAAUGAUACCGAUAUCGUCAAAGAUAUUGCAGACAUGAUCAGUUUUCACAUUGAUUUAGCUAAUAUUAUGACGUUGGAUCAAUCAGACUGGAAUUUGAGCCGAAAUUAUAAUCCAUUUCCCCUCGACGAACUGCAAGCAUGGACAGACAGUGCCAAUGCAACCAAUUCAAUGGGCCAAAUUAACUGGCACGAACACCUCACCGACAUUUAUUCCAUCGCUGAUGUCUCAAUCAACCCUGAUGAGAAAAUUGUUGUCAGCGAACCAGAAUACCUUCCAAAAUUGCUGCAGUUGCUGGAUCAGACAUCCCCCAGAGUUAUUGCUAAUUUCAUUCAUUGGCGACUCGUACUUGAACACAUUUACGAUCUGAACGAUGAAAUUAUGAUCAUGGCGGAUGAAUUUGACGAAGCCAUUUAUGGUCCAUUUCCAAUACCAUCCAGAGAAGAUUGGUGUUUGGAAAGAGUGCAAGAUAUGAUGGGCUUCGCCAUCGGCGCUCAAUAUGUUGAAAAAUCAUUCGAUCCACAAACUAAAAUCGACAUGAAAGAGAUGAUCCUCAAUUUAAAAACGGCCUUCAGCUCUCUUGUAGAGGAUUCGAACUGGAUGGACGAGGAGACAAAAAUCAAUGCGCUUGAGAAAGCUGCAGCCAUGAAAGAUUACAUCGGUUAUCCAGAUUGGAUCACCAAUAGAACUACACUUGAAUUGGCAUAUCACGGAAUCAGUACCAAACCGGACACGCAUUUCGAUAAUUUUCAGUCUGCCAAACGAUUUAUGGUGAUGAACAAUUUAAGAUUUCUUCGCUUCAGGACUAAUCGCGAUAAUUUGUGGAUCUCAUUCCCGACUGUCGUGAAUGCAUUUUACCAUCCAAUGCUGAAUUCCAUAACUUUCCCUGCUGGAAUCUUACAGCCCCCGUUUUACGACAAAGGGCGUCUCGCCGCUUCAAAUUAUGGUGCUAUCGGUGCUGUAAUUGGUCACGAAAUCACGCAUGGUUUCGACAGUGAAGGUUACAAAACCGACAAGAAAGGUCAUGAAAUAUCAUGGUGGACCAACCACACGUUGGACGAAUUUCACAAAAAGAAGGAAUGCAUCGUCGAUCAAUAUAACAAUUACACUCUACCGGAACUGGUAGAAACCGAUGCAUUUCACGUAAACGGAAGUAACACGCUAGGUGAAAACAUAGCAGACAAUGGUGGUCUUAGAGAAGCCUUCCGAGCUUAUCAAAACUACGUCGCCAGAAACGGCCCUGAAAAGCGACUACCCGGGCUGGAACAUUACACUCCUGAGCAGAUAUUCUUUCUCUCAUUUGCCACUGUUGAAUGCAGCAAUGAAAGCCCUGAAAGUCUCGCGGACCAAGCUCUUUUUGGUGUGCAUACUCCUACUCGUUAUCGAGUCAUAGGGCCGCUCUCCAAUUUGAAUGAUUUUAGCCAACAUUUCAAAUGUCCUGCCGGUUCCCCCAUGAAUCCAUCGAACAAAUGUACUGUAUGGUAAGAAUAACCCUUUUUUAAAGUGACAUUAGUUUAUAGUUGUUGAUGAUUUAACCACUUGAUGCUUCCAUUCAAGGUUGUUAGCCUCACAUAAAAAUUCGAAAAUGUUAAUUAAUCCAGGCUUAAUUCAGCAUUUUAUGCAGACUAUCCUCUUUAAGAGGGUAUUUUAUUUUUCUUCCUACAGAAAAUAAGCACAUGAAAUAUCAGCAAAAUAAUUUAACCUUUUCAGUUACAUUUCAACGAUUCUUAAAUUGGUAAAAUAGGCGUUUGUCCCAUCAUCAACCCAAUAGGCGAAAGAACCUCGCGCAUUCGUACCUAGAAGAUCUGAUUGAAUUACAGGCGUAGGAUGCCCAUCGAUGUAUACACCAAGAGUAUUAUUCCGCACA